ACUUCAGGAAUAAAGGGUACAGAGUUACAUCACGACGUCGUAGAAUGAUCAAAAGGAGAUAGCAGCGCUCACUCGAUUCCUGAUACUCCACUAUUUUCCUCGUCAACCGCACGCUUCUCCCAUGGAUUCCGAAGUUAUCGUAGUUGGAGGGGGUUUCAGCGGACUCAGUGCAACGAAAUGGUUGCUCGAGGCUGGAAUCAAAGUCAUCUGUUUGGAAGCCCGUGACCGUGUCGGUGGACGAACCCUCACGAAAAGAGACCCGAAAGUAGGCUAUGUCGACAUUGGAGGUGCUUAUGUCGGACCUACUCAAGACCGUCUUCUUCGCAUGGCGAAAGAAUUCAACGUAGAAAAUUAUAAAGUGAAUGAAGUUGAAGACCUCUUGCACUAUAAAAAUGGACGUCGAACGCGUUUCAGUUCUGGCACAUUACCAAAACGAAGGAAUCCUUUGGUUGCCAUGGAUAUCAAUAACAUCUUUUAUCUCAUGGACAAAAUGGGAGAACAGAUACCAGCUGACGCACCUUGGAAUGCCAAUCAUGCAGAUGAAUGGGAUACCAUGACAUAUAAAGAAUUUUUAGAGAAAAACUGCUGGACUAAAGGCGGGUUAGAAUUUUUCAAGAACUUUGUCAACAUUAAUGUUACGACUGAAUCCUACGAGGCAUCGUUGUUGAGUUUCUUGUGGUAUAUCAAGCAGUGUGGAGGAACAAAGAGGAUAUUUUCGACUACAAAUGGAGGACAAGAAAGAAAGUUUAAAGGUGGAACCCAGCAGAUUUGUGAAAAGGUGGCUGAAAAACUUGGAGAUUCUGUGGUGAUUAAGAACAGUCCCGUUGUUGGAAUAAAUCAAGAAUCUAAAGACUUCGUCUUAGUGAAAACUCUAAAUGGAAAAGAAUAUAAAACUAAAUACAUCAUUUUGGCCUGCCCUCCAGUGGUACAACUCAAGAUCCAUUUUACUCCAGAAUUACCCCCUCUACGAAGUCAGCUCAUGCAAAGAAUGCCUAUGGGAACUGUUAUGAAAGUCAUUCUUUAUUACAAAAAAGCAUUUUGGAAAGAAAUGGGACUUUGUGGUUCCUUGUUGAUGGAAGGCAGCGAUGAACAUCCUAUGUUCUAUGCAUUGGAUGAUACAAAACCAGAUGGAAGCUAUCCUGCAAUCAUCGGAUUCAUCCUAGCGGAUAAAUGUCGUCGAAUGUGCGUUUUAACUCCCGAAGAACGGAAAAAUAGAAUUGCCCGAAGCUUAGCAGAAGUUAUUGGCAAUUCUGAAGCUCUAAAGCCCAUUCACUACGAAGAAAAAAAUUGGAUGGAUGAACAAUAUUCUGGUGGCUGUUACACUGCCAUGUAUCCACCUGGAUUUUUCACUAGAUACGGAAGAGCGUUGCGAACUCCAAUCGAUAGAUUGUAUUUUGCGGGUACUGAAACAGCAGUGAAAUGGUCUGGAUACAUGGAAGGAGCUAUAGAAGCCGGAGAAAGAGCUGCUCGUGAAAUACUCUAUGCAAUGGGGAAAAUCACUAGAGAUCAAAUUUGGCUGAAAGAACCACCCUCUCAGGAUGUUGUUGCCAAACCUUUUCACCCAACAUUUGCAGAAAAAUAUACACCAUCUGUGCCAGGAUUCCUCAAGAUAGUUGCUGCGUCUUCUGUCGUAGGAGCCGUGGCUUUAUAUUCCAUGAGAAAUCCCUUAAAAGGCUGUGAAAGAUUCCUCCGACGAUGAAGAUUGACUUCGGAGUUCUUGGAAAUACUCAAGCAUCAUGAAUAAUAGAUUUUUCAUAAAUUUUGAUUAAAAUAAUUAUAAAUUUAAUUUCUAGUGUCUAUCAAACCCGUUGUUAUCAAAGUACAAUGAAGUCAAAAAAUAUCUUCAGGAAUAUUGGAAACUGAAUUCACUUUUCUAAUAAUUUGAUUCAGAUAUUAUUCAAUGCGUAACUAAAGUUUAAAAAAUAUUUUUCAUAUGGUAAUAAAGAUGUCACAAAAUUAA